GUCUCUUUGAUUAGCUUAGUAGCUAGUGCCCUUGGUUUCUCAGAACUCGGUGCAAUUAAAUCCCUCCGAACAUUAAGAGCUUUGAGACCUCUAAGAGCUUUGUCACGCUUUGAAGGCAUGAGGGUGGUUGUGAAUGCUCUUACAGGAGCAAUCCCAUCCAUUAUGAACGUACUUCUGGUUUGUCUUACAUUCUGGCUAAUUUUCAGCAUCAUGGGAGUAAAUCUGUUUGCUGGCAAAUUCUAUCGCUGUGUUAACACAACAACUGGUAAUAAAUUAACACCAGAGGAAGUCAGUAACAAAACUGUGUGUGAAAAUCGUAUGAUGACUGGUGCAGAUGUUCGGUGGAAAAAUAUGAAAGUAAACUUUGAUAAUGUUGGAGCUGGUUAUCUUUCUCUCCUUCAAGUAGCUACAUUUAAAGGAUGGAUGGACAUCAUGUAUGCUGCAGUUGAUUCUACAGAUGCAGGAAAACAGCCCAAGUAUGAGGACAACCUGUACAUGUAUAUUUACUUUGUUGCCUUUAUCAUCUUUGGAUCAUUUUUCACCCUAAACUUAUUCAUUGGUGUCAUCAUAGAUAACUUCAACCAACAAAAAAAGAAGCUUGGAGGUCAAGACAUUUUCAUGACAGAAGAGCAAAAGAAAUACUACAAUGCAAUGAAGAAGCUGGGAUCCAAGAAACCACAAAAACCUAUACCUAGACCAGCGAACAAAUUGCAAGGUCUAGUGUUUGAUAUCGUAACAAAGCAAGCAUUUGACAUCACCAUUAUGAUUCUUAUCUGUCUUAACAUGGUCACCAUGAUGAUAGAAACAGAUGACCAAAGUGAAUUGAUGCAAAAUAUUUUAUACCGGAUUAACUUAGUCUUUGUUGUCCUUUUCACUGGCGAAUGUGUCUUCAAAAUGUUCUCGCUCCGUUGUUAUUACUUCACCAUUGGCUGGAAUAUUUUUGAUUUUGUGGUUGUUAUUCUUUCAAUAGUAGGUAUGUGUCUAGCUAACAUGAUCGAAAAGUACUUUGUCUCCCCCACUUUGUUCAGAGUUGUGCGACUUGCCAGAAUCGGUCGAAUCCUGCGUCUCAUUAAGGGCGCUAAGGGAAUCCGCACUCUGCUCUUUGCUUUGAUGAUGUCUCUACCUGCUUUGUUCAACAUUGGUCUGCUGCUGUUCCUGGUCAUGUUUAUCUAUGCCAUAUUUGGCAUGUCCAACUUUGCCUAUGUUAAGAGGGAAGCUGGUAUAGAUGACAUGUUCAACUUUGAGACGUUUGGCAACAGCAUGAUCUGCCUGUUUCAAAUUACCACAUCUGCUGGCUGGGAUCUUUUGCUAUCCCCAAUUCUUAACAGUGGGGAGCCAGACUGUGACCCUAACAAAGCUCAUCCAGGGAGCUCCGUUAAAGGUGACUGUGGCAACCCUUCCGUUGGGAUUUUCUUCUUUGUCAGCUACAUUAUCAUAUCAUUCCUGGUAGUGGUGAACAUGUACAUUGCUGUGAUUCUGGAGAACUUCAGUGUUGCUACUGAAGAAAGUGCUGAACCCUUGAGCGAGGAUGACUUUGAGAUGUUCUAUGAGGUUUGGGAAAAAUAUGAUCCAGAUGCAACACAAUUCAUAGAAUAUACUAAAUUGUCUGAUUUUGCAGCUUCUUUAGAUCCUCCUCUUCUUAUACCAAAACCAAACAAAGUCCAGCUUAUUGCAAUGGAUUUGCCCAUGGUAAGCGGUGACAGAAUUCACUGCCUUGAUAUCUUGUUUGCUUUCACAAAGCGUGUUUUGGGGGAUAGUGAUGAGAUGGAUUCCCUCAGAAUACAGAUGGAGGAUCGGUUUAUGGCAGCCAAUCCUUCAAAAGCUUCCUAUGAACCAAUUACAACCACAUUAAAAAGAAAACAAGAGGAAGUGUCUGCUGCUAUCAUUCAGCGUGCUUACAGAUGUUACCUUUUAAGACAGUCAGUGAAGAAACUUUUGUUUAUGUAUAGGAAUGAUGGGGUUGAUCUGCUUUUUAAAAAAGAUACAAUUAUUGGUAAGCGAAGUGAAAAUUCACCUCCAGAGAAUGUGGAUAUGUCUGGAUCCAGUGCAUCUCCACCUUCUUAUGAUAGUGUAACAAAACCAGAAAAAGAAAAAUAUGAGGAUGACAAAUCAGAAAAAGAACACAAGAGGAAAGAAAGGAAAGAAAGUAAAAAGACAUAA